UGUAUCAGUUAGGUAGUGCAACAUAAUAAUUUAAAUUCCUCAAAACAUUUAAUUAGUAACCUACUGUAUAUUAACAUAUUUCUUUUUGAGCUCUCGGUAACUACCUUGGGUGAAUUUCUUCACCCUAGGUAACUAUUGCUACCUUUUUCAAGAUCCAUGUGUAAAAAUAUCUAAGGGACCUUUGACCACUCCCUAUAAAUCUGUUGCCACCUGCAAAUAUUUUUGAUAAAAUCUUGUAGGGCUUAACUUAUGUCAAGCAUAUUUAUGUGAUGUAACUCAGUAUAAAUGGUAUACAUCAGUCUAGAAACUGAAUGCUUUUUGAAUCAUCUAAUAUAACAAUAGAAAUCCCAUAGUGCAGCUAUACUGUAGAAUACCACUUUUACACCAUCGGUCUUUCAAUCUCAUGGAAUACUUCCUAUGACAAUGAAGUCUAAGAAAAGUAUAUUACUUUCAGAGAGUAUAAGGAUACGUUCAACAACUAAGAAACACAGAUGAUGGUAUCAUGGCAACUAUUACUAAACCACCUGAGAAAAAAUCAAGCCCUAACGCCAUCAUCGUAAAUCAGCGUCAGAAAGGAAAUCCAAUACUGAAGCACAUCAGGAAUGUCCCUUGGGAAUAUGGAGAAAUCAUCCCAGAUUAUGUCAUGGGCCAAGCAACAUGUGCCUUGUUUCUUAGUUUACGUUACCACCAGUUGCAUCCUAAUUAUAUUCAUGAUAGAUUAAGGCAGCUUGGUAGGAGCUACGCAUUGCGAGUGUUGUUAGUCCAAGUCGAUGUAAAGGACCCACACUUUAUAUUGAAAGACUUAGCAGAAAUGUGUCUAUUAGCAGACUGCACUCUUAUAUUAGCAUUCAAUGUAGAGGAAGCAGGGCGAUACAUAGAAACAUACAAAGCAUAUGAGAAUAAACCGCCUGAUGCUAUUAUGGAACGUUCAAAUGACGAUUAUUUUUCUACUCUUCAGGAGGUACUUACAAGUGUCAAAUCGGUGAAUAAGACUGAUGUGAUUGCUUUGAUAACACGCUUCAAGACAAUGGAUGGGGUGAUUCAUGCUUCAGAGGAAGAACUAGCUAUGUGCCCAGGGUUUGGACCUCAGAAAGCUAAGAGACUAUAUACAACAUUGCACCAACCAUUUAAAACAUCAUCCUAGUUCAAAAUCUGAUGUUGGACAUUUUGAAUCUGAAUCUUUAGAUAUCAAAAAUGAUAUGUGCUGUACAAGUCAGUGAUCUUCUUUUAUGAAAUUAUUUUCCACAAUCAAAUUUCAAAAUAAUAUGUAAUGAUUCUUCACAAUUGUCUAAUAAAUAUUUAAUUUUAUAAAAUUACAUUUGUCCAGUGCAUUUCACCUUUAAUUAGAGUGUCAAUAAACUAGAAUUGUACAGAAUUGUAACCUGCCUACUGUAAAUCAAGGAAGUUUUACACCCAAGAGUCAUUAAAAUAAAUCAUUGAUAAAGAUUUGUAUAAUUUUUUUUUAUAUUCAAUUUUUUGUUGUUACAUAGUUAUGCUUCAUAAUCAAGCAAAAGAGGGUGUUACAAACAAUGCUUUUUUUACUUCAAGUUAGAAAACACUAUGAUCCCCAUAAUGGGGUAUAGGAGAAUAGG